GUCGGCCCCGCAGCCGCCCUGCGCCGCGGGACGGGGAGACCGGGUACAUUCUGCUCCCCGGGGACCCGCAUUCGGUCUUCAGACGCCUCGGCAGCCGCAGAGCUGCGGCCCCGCAUCCCUCCACCGGGACCCCUUCCGGCCCAGACGAAACUGAUAGUUCCCGGCCCGUGGCUGCCACUCAGGACUAAUCCAGAACCACUGGGCUAGCUCAUGGGCUUUGAAGUGAGACCUGAAUUUCACUCCAGUUUCUGUUCAGGGUCAAGAAAUUGGAGCAUGGCCAUGAGCAAUGGGAGCAGCGAGUUUGUGGUUCUGAGCAAUGGCAGUGUCGCCGCCAGCACAGCCAGCCCCAGCCCCCUGCCCCCCUGUGACGGAGACCUUGCAGCCCAGCAGCUCACACCCAAAGAAGCACCAAGAGCAAAAGUGAGUCCAAAUGGGUGCCUGCAAGUGAAUGGCACAGUCAAAGCAUCCUUCCUGCCCUUAGACAACCACAGAACGGCUCAGCUGUUGGCCCAGUGCUGCCAUCCUUGCCCAUACCAUCAUCCGCUGUCGCCGCACAACAGUCACCAAGAGCGCCACCCCGAGGCUGGCCCUGCGCCCCCUUCUGCUUUGGCCUCGUGCUGCAUCAUGCAGCCCCACGCCGAGUACCCCGCAUCUCUGUGUCCGCACCACGCCCCCGUUUACCAGACCGCGUGCUGUCUCCAGCCCUCUCCGCCCUUCUGCCUGCAUCACCCGUGGCCUGACCAUUUCCAGCACCAGCCCGUGCACCAGCACGUAGCCAGCGUAAGACCAUCCAGACCUUUCAAGUUACCAAAAAGUUAUGCAGCCCUGAUAGCCGACUGGCCCGUGGUGGUCCUGGGCAUGUGCACGGUGUUCAUCGUGGUCUGUGCCUUGGUGGGAGUGUUAGUGCCAGAGCUCCCUGACUUCUCUGACCCACUGCUGGGUUUUGAACCAAGAGGGACUACAAUAGGCCAGAGACUGGUCACGUGGAAUAACAUGGUGAAAAAUACAGGAUACAAAGCAACGUUAGCCAAUUAUCCCUUUAAAUAUGCAGAUGAGCAAGCCAAAAGCCACCGGGAUGACAGAUGGUCAGAUGACCAUUACGAAAGAGAAAAGAGAGAAGUCGACUGGAACUUCCACAAAGACAGCUUUUUCUGCGACGUUCCAAGUGACCGAUAUUCCAGAGUGGUAUUCACUUCAGCUGGAGGGGAGACAUUAUGGAAUUUACCAGCAAUUAAAUCCAUGUGCAAUGUAGAUAAUUCAAGGAUCAGGGCGCACCCCCAGUUUGGCGACCUCUGCCAGAGGACCACUGCCGCUUCCUGCUGCCCCAGCUGGACGCUGGGCAACUACAUCGCCAUCCUGAACAAUCGAUCGUCCUGCCAGAAGAUCGUGGAGCGGGACGUGUCCCACACCCUGAAGCUGCUGCGCACCUGUGCCAAACACUAUCAGAACGGCACGCUGGAGCCCGACUGCUGGGACAUGGCGGCCAGGAGGAAGGACCAGCUCAAGUGCACCAACGUGCCGCGGAAAUGCACCAAGUACAACGCCGUGUACCAGAUCCUCCACUACCUGGUGGACAAGGACUUCAUCACCCCGAAGGCGGCCGAGCACGCCGCCCCGGCCUUGAAGUACAGCAUGCUCUUCUCCCCCACCGAGAAGGGAGAGAGCAUGAUGAACAUUUACCUGGACAACUUCGAGAACUGGAACGCGUCCGACGGGGUCACCACCGUCACCGGGAUCGAGUUCGGGAUCAAGCACAGCUUGUUUCAGGACUACCUUCUGAUGGACACCGUGUACCCCGCCAUCGCCAUCGCCAUCGUCCUGUCGGUCAUGUGUGUCUACACCAAGUCCGUGUUCAUCACGCUGAUGACGAUGUUCGCCAUCAUCAGCUCCUUGAUCGUCUCCUAUUUUCUCUACCGCGUGGUGUUUAACUUCGAGUUUUUCCCCUUUAUGAACCUCACCGCGCUCAUCAUUUUGGUGGGAAUCGGGGCAGACGAUGCGUUUGUCCUGUGUGACGUUUGGAACUACACCAAAUUCGACAAGCCCCAUGCUGAAACUUCAGAAACAGUGAGCAUCACCUUGCAGCACGCGGCCCUGUCCAUGUUCGUCACCAGCUUCACCACCGCGGCCGCCUUUUACGCCAACUACGUGAGCAACAUCACGGCCAUCAGGUGCUUCGGCGUCUACGCGGGGACCGCGAUCCUGGUGAACUACGUUCUGAUGGUCACGUGGCUCCCCGCCGCGGUCGUGCUGCACGAGCGGUACCUGCUGAACAUAUUCACUUGCUUCCGGAAGACCCAGCAGCAAAUGUACGAUAACAAAAGCUGCUGGACCGCGACUCGCCAGAAGUGCCACAAAGUGCUGUUUGCCGUCUCAGAAGCCUCCCGGAUCUUUUUCGAAAAGGUGUUGCCGUGCAUUGUCAUUAAGUUUCGCUACCUGUGGCUGUUCUGGUUCCUUGCCCUCACUGUAGGGGGCGCCUACAUCGUGUGCGUGAACCCGAAGAUGAAACUGCCGUCCCUGGAGCUGUCCGAGUUCCAGGUCUUCCGGUCCUCUCACCCUUUCGAGCGUUACGAUGCUGAGUACAAAAAGCUUUUCAUGUUUGAACGGGUCCACCACGGAGAGGAGCUGCACAUGCCCAUCACGGUGAUCUGGGGGGUGUCCCCGGAGGACAACGGUAACCCACUGAACCCCAAGAGCAAAGGGAAGUUGACCUUAGACAGCAGUUUUAACAUCGCGAGCCCGGCUUCCCAGGUCUGGAUUUUGCACUUCUGCCAAAAGCUGAGAAACCAAACGUUCUUUUACCAGACGGACGAGCAGGACUUCACCAGCUGCUUCAUUGAGACCUUCAAGCGCUGGAUGGAGAACCAGGACUGCGAUGAGCCGGCCCUGUACCCCUGCUGCAGCCGCUGGAGCUUCCCCUACAAGCAGGAGGUCUUCGAGCUGUGCAUGAAGAGAGCCAUCAUGGAGCUGGAGAGGAGCACGGGGUACCACCUGGACAGCAAGACCCCGGGGCCCAGGUUCGAUAUCAACGACACCAUCAGGGCGGUCGUCCUGGAGUUCCAGAGUACCCACCUCUUCACGCUGGCCUAUGAGAAGAUGCGCCAGUUUUACGAAGAAGUGGAAGCGUGGAUUUCCAGCGAGCUGAGUUCAGCGCCCGAGGGCCUCAGCCGCGGCUGGUUCGUCAGCAACCUGGAGUUCUACGACCUCCAGGACAGCCUCUCCGACGGCACCCUCAUCGCCAUGGGGCUCUCGGUGGCCGUGGCCUUCAGUGUGAUGCUGCUCACCACCCGCAACAUCAUCAUCAGCCUGUACGCCAUCAUCUCAAUAGCUGGGACCAUAUUUGUUACUGUGGGUUCCCUUGUCCUGCUGGGCUGGGAGCUAAACGUUUUGGAGUCUGUCACUAUUUCGGUGGCGGUUGGCUUAUCCGUAGACUUCGCCGUCCAUUAUGGGGUUGCUUACCGCUUGGCCCCGGACGCCGACCGCGAAGGGAAGGUGGUCUUCUCCCUGAGCCGCAUGGGCUCCGCGAUCGCCAUGGCUGCCCUGACCACCUUCGUGGCCGGGGCCAUGAUGAUGCCGUCCGCAGUCCUGGCCUACACGCAGCUGGGCACCUUCAUGAUGCUCACCAUGUGCAUCAGCUGGGCCUUCGCCACCUUCUUCUUCCAGUGCAUGUGCCGGUGCCUCGGGCCACAGGGCGCCUGUGGCCAGAUUCCGCUCCCCAAAACGCUCCAGUGCAGUGCCUUCUCCCACAGCCUGUCUCCAAGUCCUGGUGACAAGGGGCAGAGCAAAGCACACGCCCUGAAUGCUCACCACAUAGAUCCCCAGGGCCAGAAAUCCGACGCAGAGCAUGAGUUCUAUGAGCUGGAGCCUCUGGCGGCCCACGGCUGCGCCGCCCCCGAGAAGCCGGCCUACGAGGAGACGCACGUCUGCUCCGAGUUCCCGGGCGGCCCGGCGAAGGGCCCGGGGACGCCUGUGCGCGCCGCCGCCGUCGGCAGUGAGCUGGACGGGAGCCCGGGCCACGAGCCGAGCGCCGCCCUGCUGCAGCCCGCCCUCGAACAGCACGCCCUGCGUCACUUCUUCUCUCUGAGUCAGAGAUGCAGCUGCCCAAAUGCCUACAAACGUCUGAAGCACAGCCCGCACUCCUGCCAGCAGCUGGGCGACUGCUUGUGCCCCCAGUGUGCCCGUGCUGCCAGCGGCUUCCUGCACGCCCAGAACGGCGGGCCUGUGACGGCGGCACAGCGAGCCCCCGAGGGCUUCGUGCCCCCCGGCCCGCACUUCCACCCCUGCCCCUGCCUCCAGGGCAGAGGGAAACCGCCCGGGGUGCAGAGUUCUCUGCCUCGGAGCCUCUUCCUCCACCCCGCGCCCGCGCAGACCAGCGCGCACAGCCUGCAGAGCGGCGACGAGCAGCCCCCGAAGGUGGCAGAGCCGCCCCCGUUUUCCUGCAGAAGCACAGGAUCUGUGCAGAAAGCCUGUCGUGAUUCUGAGGACAACCAAAGGGGACCCUGUCAAAAUACAGACGUGGGGAGUAUGGUGGGCAGCGGCGGGGCUGAAAACACGGCCCCCCCUUCAGUGGGUCAGACCGACAGUGCAGAGACGGGAGCGGAGCCCAGCUCGUCACGGGCCGAUGGCCCUGUGAACUCAGAACAUUUGAAUCACAGUGAACCACAAUUCCUAUUGAACCAUUUAAUGGGGGAGGUGGGUUGCGGGUCCUGCCCGAACCAUCCGCAGGGCUAUGGCAGAAUUGCCAGGGUGAGGUGCCGCUCUGUGCACUGCCCGAUGCCAGCCUUCGAAGCCAGUGUGCCUGCUGUCAUAACACACGCAGAACUUUCUGGGGAAAGUCUGUUAAUAAAAACACUUUAA